GCACUCCAUUGUAAAUAACCUAAAAAUCUAUAUUAAUUUUUUAUUUGUCCUGAUUGAAAUUGUUUUUAUUUCAUGUUUACUAAUAAUAAUCUACCAUAACCUUUGAAACGUCCAAAUGGGGAAACAGAAAAAAACACGUAAAAUCGUCGAGAAGAGGUUUGCUAAAAUGAAAAAAAUGAUAAGUCCAAGCGAUUCGAGAAUAAAAGAAAAUGAAAGAAUGGCACCACGCAAAAAAAAAGCAGUAGAUCCACAUGAAAUGAAAGUUCGAGAAAUUCCACAAGCCAGUUCAGCUCUAUUUUUUCAGUAUAACACACAACUAGGACCACCAUACCACAUUCUUAUUGACACCAAUUUUAUAAAUUUUUCCAUAAAGAACAAACUGGAUAUAAUGCAAAAUAUGAUGGAUUGUUUAUAUGCAAAAUGCAUUCCAUAUGUAACGGAUUGUGUUUUAGGAGAGUUGGAAAAACUAGGUCGUAAAUAUCGUGUAGCUCUUAGAAUAAUAAAAGACCCUCGUUUUGAAAGAAUAACUUGUCUCCACAAGGGUACAUAUGCAGAUGAUUGUAUAGUUCAAAGAGUGACACAACAUAAGUGCUACAUAGUUGCUACUAAUGAUAAGGAUCUAAAACGAAGAAUACGCAAAAUACCUGGUGUGCCCAUUAUGUUUGUAGCACAACAUAAAUAUACUAUAGAGAGAAUGCCUGAUGCAUAUGGGGCACCAAAAGGAGCAAUUUGAUGUAUAUUAUCACAAUAUAUGAAAGUUCUUAAUUAAUAUAAUUUAUGUGCCUAUAUUGACAUGGGUGAUUGAAUUUUUUUUACUGAGUAUGUUUGAAAUUAUGUCUAUGAAACCACAUGUAUUAAGUGGUCUCUGCUUAUCACUCAACAAACCAUUUCUAAUUGCCCUAAAUGCAGUUUCAGUAUUGCAACACCUAAAGUGGACAAAUUUUAAAUCUAUAAAAAUGUAUGGCAAACACUGUGACACCUACAUGGAACAGUUGAAAAUUGUUUGACGAGUUUUAAACCUAGCAGUCAUAAUAAUUAUAUCUGAGGAUCAUAUCUUAAGAGGUAUGAAAUAAAACAUUUUA